GCGAACUCCGUGGCCAUGUGUUCGAGGGUUCAGCCUGCCACCCGCAGGCCCUUCUAUUUUGGCUUUUGCACCCCACUCCGCAACGCUCCGCUGUCAGCGAUGCCGCGCGGCCCGCAGUGGGACGACAGGCUGCUGGCCUGGGCCUCUGACCGCGGUUGGUCGGCGGCCAUCCGCAUGGAGUUUGCCAAGCUCGACAUCGAGAGCUUGGAGGACCUCGCCGAGUACUUCACCAGCGUCGACGACCUGCCUGCCGUCGUGGGCCUCGCCUCGGCAUGGCAGGCUGUGCAAGCCUACUGCCGUGCCGGCGAGGUCGCCCGGGCCCUUCCCGUCGCUCGUGCCCUUCAUGCCGAGUGCGUCGGAGUUGCCGCGGACCCUCCGCCUCCUCGGCCCCCUCGGGGCCUUCGGAGGCUUCGAUGGCGGCCACGCUGCUCGCAGCUCAGCUCCGAGUACGCCGUGCAGCAGGUCGCCGACGCUGACGCCAAGAGCAAGCGGGCCCGCUUCGAGGCUGCGCAGGAGGCUGUCGCUCUUGCAGCCUCCUGGAAGCAUUCUGGCUCCUUCGGUGCCCGCGUCGAUGCUGCCCCCCCUGCACAUCGACAGACCCUCAUCGACGAAAAGGUCGCUGCCAUCGCCGUCUUCGAACCGAGGACGGUCCGAAGUUCGUUGCGCACUUGGGCGGCUAUUGCGUCUGCUGCGGGCUCCUCUUCUUUGACGUGGGCGCCUUCGUCCGCGGCCGUCUCCAGCUUCAUCGAAAAGAGCAAGCCGCGAGGCGUCACCGUCCCCAGGUCGAUUUCAAUGACGUAGCCUGGUUGGUUCGGCACCUCGACGCGCCGAAGGACGUGCUUCCUGCAGUUCGUCCUCCUGUACGCCAGGACGCUGCUGACGAGGUUCCUGUAGAACCCGCGGAGCCGGAGAUCGUACUGUGCCUCGAGGCGAAGGUCAAGCACACCCUUGACAAGUCGGGGGAGCCCCUCGGUGAGCUGCACAUGAACGUCGCCCUCAUGGCGCUCCUCAUGUCGUUCGGGACGCUCCGGGGCCGGCACGUCCAGAGGUCUGGAAUUAUAGGCCUCACCGGUUGCAGCAUCUGGGGCCUAUGUUCCCUCGGGAAGGCCCGUUGUGGCGGCCAGCGGCGCUCUUUCAAAUGGAGGGCGCCGCGAUAUGGCUUGACCGGGGUCGACUACGGAGGGGAGAUCACGAAGCGCUUCGAGUGCCUGCGCACGGAGAACGGCAAGCCUUCAGGUUUCCUCUUCACGUCAUCUUCUACACGGUCUCGGCUUCGCACGCCCAUCACGGUGUCCACCUUCAACCAGGCGAUCUCGGCUAUCGUUAGCAUGGGCGGCUCGCCAGUGAAGCUCUCAGGAACCAUAUCGUCGUACUCUUUCCGGCGGUGGCUUCCGACUUGGGCAGACCUUCGUAAGCUGCCCAUGGAAGAGCGCCAGGCUUUGGGCAAUUGGCGUGAGGCACCGUCUGCGGCAACCGGUCGCGACGCCGCUGCUGCCGCCUUCUCUGCGUCCAUGGGCUUGCGCUACUCUGGCCGCAAGGACGAUUCCGCUGAGUUGGUGAAGUUAGAGCAGAUCUUCGCCCUGCGGCUGGCGAUCGCUGCUUUUGACUCCUCCGCGCCGGUCACGUGGUCCUCCUUGCGCGGCGCCUUGCCCGACCGUGCAUUGGUUGAGGCCCGCGUCGCGAAGGUGUGGCAGGAGUCAGGGGAGUUGAUCUUGACUGCCCUGGGGCGCGCGCUCAACGCUGCCCCGCGGCGCGUCCAGGUCGUGCGCACGGAUCCCUGGUGGAGGACGCCAUCCCAGACGUCGUGCGUCUGUCGACUAUGGGUACUUCGACCGGGACCUGAUUUCGCUCGCCUUCCCCCUCCUCUUCCUCAUCUUGUUCCUCCUCGGGAGCGCCAUGGGGAAGACCCUCCGCCGCCGGCCUCGUGCAGCGUGUCGGGCCCUCCUCUCCUAAGGGUGAAAGACUGCGUGUUUUUUUUUGACUGGUCUCCAAUUAUCGCGAGUCGAAGAAAGCCGAUUCGCGCGCUGAUUAUUCUGAGUUCCUAGAUGCGAUAAUCGCAUCGUUUUGCGCGCGGGCGCAUACCGCGUGCCAAGAGAGGGCAAUAUGUCAUUCGCGCGCGAGCGGGCGUUUUUGGGCGCGAAAGGCAUGUGUCUAUUACAAAACGCGUUAAAGCUAUGGUGCGCAAUGGCCCCCCCUUC